AUGUGCGAAAACUGUGAUGCUCUUGAUGCUCAAAACUCAUUUUCAUCGUUGUCGUCAUCAUCCUCAUCAUCCUCAUCAUCAUCGCCUCGAACCAUCCUGGCACAUCCGGCCAUGUUUGGGGUCCCUUGGACUAGCACUGUCACAGCUGUGGUAAUGAAAACAACGAUAGACUUAUGUAAUGACACUUUGGAUUCAACAGACAGCAACAUAUUCUCCAAUUGGUCCACCAACGAACUGAACAAUAACCAAUACCAAACAGCCAUAUUCUAUGACGACCCAGCUGCAGCAGAAUGGAUAGGAUCCUGUGACCACUCAAAAAUGGCACAGACAGUGGAAAAGUUGUAUCCUUUCGCAAAAUAUCUACUGAUAUCCAAAGAUACUCUUACAGCUUUUCAAAAAUUCGACGAAGAACCUGACACCAACCUGUCAUUGGCAUCAGUCAUGUUGGAGGAUGCAAAAGAAAUCAACAGCAUGUUUCAAAAUGAGACUGAUGCACUGAUAGUAGAUGGACUUAUAUUACUCACCAUCGACGUGUCUUCUCGCGCCUACAUUGACACCUGCAAUUGUCGUCAGGACGUAACCGAUGUCGAACGAAAGAGAACCUGGGCUAUCUUGUUCCGAGUCAGCAGUAGUUUAUCGAUACUCGGAUCGACGUAUAUCUUGCUGAGUCUUGUUGGUACCAGUGCACGUCGCAAAAAGAAUAUGCCUCUACUUUUCAAUCGGCUGCUGUUCUCCAUUUGCUGUUUUGAUAUUCUUUCUUCAGUUGCGUUGUUUUGCGGUCGUUGGGCAGCACCAUCGUCGCCACCGGGUGACUUUGAAAAGUACUACAGUCAAGAACGUUGGGACAUUGACUAUCCAGAUGCAAGCGGCAGCAUUGCCACAUGCACACUUCAGGGAAUAAUGAUCCAGCUUGGCGUCUGUGGUUCCACAGUCUUUACAGCCUUUUUGGCCAUUCAAAGUCUACUGGUUGUAAAGUAUUCAUGGAAUGAAAAGCAGAUGAAAAAGGUGGAAAUUUUCUUCUUUGCGUUUGGUAUCAGUUUUGCUGUGCUGACGGCAACUAUCGCCGCUGCUAUGGAGAUGACCAAUGCAUUGAACAUUGGUUUCUGUUGGAUCGACAUUUCCCCGGCACCUUGUGAUUUGGAAAGACUUGGGCCAUUGUUUGAUGAAUAUUGUGACGAAAAUGUAAGGGGUAGUGACCCUUUGUUGUACCAGAUUGGACUGGCAAUGGGAUGGGCAUUUCUGACGUUGCUCAUCAUCAUAUAUGCAAUGGCAUCGCUCUUCUUCUAUGUGCGACACCAAGAGAAUCGUGCAACACGAUGGACACUGACAGCUCAAACUGGAAGACAGCAAAAGCUAGUGUUGGCCCGGUCCAUGAUGUACAUAUUUGUGUAUCUUAUCGUAUGGUUACCAAGUUCCAUUGCAAUAGUUUUCGACACCGUUGCAGCAGCAACCGUUGUGACAAUUGCCCUCCCAUCGCAAGGAGCCUUGAAUGCAAUUAUCUAUAGUGGUGUGGUUGAAAGGUAUUGUAUACCGAGACAAACUGCGAGACAGGCAGCAAUAACGUCCACAGUUCAAUUCUCGCAGGCUACUGCCAGCGGGGACUUGAGCACCGAAGAACAAGAUCGAUCAAAUCGGUGGAGUUUCCGAUGA